UCCCAUCCCUGCCUUGAACUCAGCCCCACAUCUCCUCUGGUUUGAGACUAGGAGGCUGUCUGUCUCUUUCUGUCUCGACCAUUUCCUCCCUUCACUCAGGACCCCUCUCUCUGCACAUCUCUUAUCAGUGACCUUAUCACAGCUUUACACAGCCAGCCUUCCUCUGGGAGGUGCUGGAAAAACCAGCAAGGGGAAUUUACCAGGAGGAUAAUGACCAAAAGUCCUGCUUGCAGUCAUUUUACAUAACUGAUAUACUCUUUUUUUCUUCAAAAAACAAAUACAGUGGAGUACAGCUACUUCAGCUCAGGGUGUCCCCUCUGCUGUUUUGGUGAGAGAAGAUGAGGAGGCAUCGGUUGUUACCGCUAUGUGCCCUCCUGGGCGUCCUGUUUGCAGGGCUGCUCCCCAACCUUGAGGCUCAGGAAGAUUGUGCACACGGGUUGGAAGCUGAUAUAUACUUUCUAGUGGAUUCAUCUUGGAGUAUGGGAGAGGAGAACUUUGAGCAUGUCAGACAAUUUUUGUACAGCUUGAUACAAUCACUGCACCAGGUUGGAGGGGACAGGUUUAAGUUUGCCCUUGUGCAGUACAAUAAUAAGCCUCGAACCGAGUUCCAGCUCAACAGCUACCCAACAACACAGGGAGUCCUGUCCCACAUCAAGGCUAUGCCAUACCGUGGUGGGGGCACCCGGACUGGCCUGGGCCUGGAUUUCCUGAUUCGUACACACUUGACCACUGCUUCGGGCAGCCGGGCUGUUGAAGGUGCGGCCCAGGUGGUGGUGGUGCUAACAGAUGGCCGCUCCCAGGAUGACGUGGCUGAGCCAGCUCAGGUGCUGUGGCUGGCAGGCGUGGAGGUGUUUGCAGUUGGAGUUCAGGAUGCAGUUGAUUCGGAGCUCAGGGAGAUGGCUAGCAAGCCCCAUGACACUCAUGUAUUUAGUGUAGACUCUUUUCUGACUUUGCGGGAUAUAAUCCAAGAUUUAGUAGUGGGGCUUUGCGACGCAGUGACCCGGUCAGGGGGUGGUCCUGUGGCAAACGAGGCCCCCGUGGCUGGAGGAGGGACAGCACAAGAUUCAGCUGACCUAGUACUCUUAAUUGAUGGAUCACAGAACGUUGGAGCAGCAAACUUCCCCUUUGUGCGUGAUUUGGUUUUGAGAAUCAUUGAGCGCCUUGAUGUGGGCAGGGACACUGUUCGGGUGGCCUUGGCCCUGUACAAUGGUGACCCACAGAUAAAGUUCUAUCUAAAUAGCUAUGACAGCAAAUCAUCAGUCCUGGAAGCGGUGAAGGGCCUUGCCUACUCAGGGGGUGACGAGUCUAACCUCGGGGCCGCCUUGGAGGAAGUGGCCAAUAGCCUUUUGAAUCCAUCAGCUGGGGGCAGGGCAGACGAGGGUGUGCCCCAGAUGUUGGUGGUUAUCAGUGCUGGGCCAGCCACUGAUGAUACUGGUGCUGGUGACCGGGCCCUUAAAAGGGCUAGUGUUAUCACAUUCGGCGUGACGAUUGGUGACACGGCCACUGCAGAUCUGGAAGCAGUUGCUACAGAUAAAAGUUUUGUCCUGUCAGCCCCUGAUUUCAGAGCAGUGGCGAGCAUGGGUGACCAGCUGCUCCCAUACAUUAACGGGGUGGUCCAGCGCACCAUUAUAGUUCACAAUGAGUUCACAGAAGUCCUGGCGGUCGGAAAACGAGACAUCAUCUUCCUAAUCGACAGUACAAUGGGUGCAACUAUCAUCAACUCUGUGCGCGAAUUCAUCAAGCGGUUUGUCGACAUCAUGCCAAUUGGUCCGGAUCAAGUUCAAGUAGGCGUAGUCCAAUUCAGCAAUAACCCUCGGCUUGAGAUGGAUCUCAACUCCCAUGGAUCCAAAGAGGAAUUAACUGCGGCUUUGGGCUCUAUCAAACCAAGACCUGGACAGACAAUCAACAUUGGCGCAGCCUUGGACUUUGUGCGAACGAAUAUGCUGCGGCCUGAGAAGGGCAGUCGUAUUCAACAGGGGGUACCCCAGGUUUUACUGUUGAUGACCAGUAAAAAGUCCAGUGACAGUGUGGAAGCACCUGCUUUGGCCCUUCAGCGACUGGGUGUAUUGACUCUAGCUGCAGGCUCCAAAUCUGCUGAUGAGGAGGAGCUGAAGAAGAUUGCCUUUGCUGACAGUGUUGCGUUCUUCUUGAAGGACUUCCGCGCACUGCUUCGCAACCCAAAAGCAAUUAUCAAUGCUCUCUCCACUCUAGCUGGGGUGGUGGUGACUGAGGUACCAACCGAACCAGUGGUGGAGAUAACCACAGUGCAGACUCAAAGAGUGGUCCGAGACAUUGUCUUCCUUGUGGAUGGCUCAAACUACAUUGGCAGCAGUAACUUUCCCUAUAUGAGAGACUUCAUUAUCAACGUGGUCAACCAGCUGGAUGUACGUCCUGACAGGGUCCAGAUUGGUUUCAUGCAGUUUGCUGAAAGUCCAAAAAUUGAAUUUUAUCUGAACAGCUACAACAACAGGCAAGAUGUUGUGAACAAAAUCUCUGAACUCAGGCUGAGUGGAGGAUCAGUUUUGAAUACAGGAGCUGCCAUGGAUUAUGCCCUUACCAACAUGUUCAAGCAAUCAGCUGGUUCACGCAAGAGGCAGGGAGUCCAGCAGGUGUUGGUUCUGAUCACAGGCGGUCCAGCCCAGGAUCAGGUUAAAAGCGUAGCCGAUAAAUUGGCUCUGGCUGGUGUUUUGACCUUCACAGUCAGUUCUGGGCAAGCAGACGAAGCCCUAAUGAAAACAGUUGCCUUUGUUCCAAAUUUGGCUUACCAUGAAACAAGCUUCUCUACUUUACCAGCUUUGGCUGAAGUAAUCAUGUCACCGUUGAUAUCAGUGGUUGGCGAUACAGAUGUGGAAUUCACUGAGGAAAUUGUUGCUGGAGCUGAAAGGGAUGUUGCCUUUCUCAUUGAUGGCACAGACAAUGUUCGAGACAAUUUUGACUACUUUCGGGAUUUUAUCAUUAAAAUCAUUGAACCACUCGACAUUGGGAAUGACAGGGUGCGAGUUUCAGUGGUUCAACACAGCGAGAGGCCAACUACUACUUUCUACCUUAACACUUAUCAAACCAAAGAUGAGGUGAUAAGAGCUGUCAAUGGAAUGACACCGGCUGGUGGACGUAGCCUAAACACAGGAGCAGCUCUGACAUUUAUGAAGGACACCAUCUUGUCUGCAAGGCAUGGUAGCAGAGCUGCAGAAAAUGUCCCUCAGUUUCUGAUCGUUUUGACUGGAAGCAGAUCCAGGGAUAACGUGAAGGAUUCUGCUGGCGCGCUGAAGACAAAGGGAGUCGUACCGUUUGGUGUUGGUGUCAAGGAUGCAGACCCAAAGCAGAUCGAGGCCAUUUCACACAACCCUUCCUUUGCCUUCAAUGUGAGGGAGUUCAGUGAGCUUAGCACCAUACCACAAAGGGUCAAUAACUACGUGAGCCUUCCACGGGACGAGCUGACCCUGAUUCUAGAGCAAGUACACAGCAAUGCUGCAAAAAGAGAUAUUGUGUUUCUACUGGAUGGCUCUGAUAACACAAGAAAUGGAUUCCCAGAGAUAAAACUCUUUGUUAAGAACAUAGUGGAGAGCCUCUCUGUCAUUCUUGAAUUCUUUUUCUGUCUAUCCAUGUAUCACCAUGUCAACACAGGGAGCAAUAAGAGGGACAUAGUGUUUCUCCUUGAUGGGUCAGAUGAGUCCAGAAAUGGACUACCAGCUAUUCGCGAGUUCAUCAGAAGAAUGGUGGAAGAGCUGGACAUUGGUGAAGAUAAGGUUCGAGUGGCCGUCGUACAGUAUAGUGAUGACACCACAGUUUACUUCAACCUCAACACUCACAGAUCCAAAAAGGCUAUCAUCUAUGCUGUAAGAAGUCUGCGCCAUAAAGGAGGAAGACCUCGGAACACUGGAGCUGCUCUCCAGUUUGUGCGAGACCAUAUUUUCACAGCUUCAUCUGGGAGUAGACGCCUGGAGGGAGUCCCUCAGAUUCUGUUUUUACUGACUGGUGGCAAAUCCAAUGAUGAUGUUUCAGGAGCGGCAUUAGACCUAAAAAAAAUCAGUAUUCUGUCUUUCGCCAUUGGAAUGAAAAAUACUAAACAGGAGGAGCUUAAAAAAAUUGCCUUCUCCUCAAGAUUUCUUUUCAACUUUCCUGUCUUUGGUGAACUUUUGUCCAUUCAGGCAGAGCUAGCUGCAUUUGUCAAGGCUGAAAUAAAAAUUGAGCCUCCGAUUGUUGUAGUUGAAUUAGAGUCCCCUCAAAGAGACAUAGUGUUUCUAUUGGAUGGGUCAGAUAACACACGGAGUGGCUUCCCAGCAAUGAAAAGUUUUGUCCAGCGAGUGGUAGAAUCACUCGGAAUUGGUGAGAACAAAGACCGUGUGUCUGUGGUCCAGUAUAGCAGAGAUCCACAGACACAUUUCAGUUUGAACACCUACAAAGAAAAACAAAAUGUUGUUGCUGCUGUUCAGCAGUUGAGCCAUAAAGGGGGCAGACCCCUCAACACUGGGGCAGCUCUUGACUAUGUGAGGAAAAACGCUUUCGCUGAUUCCUCUGGGAGUCGGCAUCAAGACGGUGUCCCUCAGAUACUGAUUCUGUUGAAUGGGGGAAAAUCUCAAGAUGAUGUUGCAAGUGCCACUGUGGCUCUGAAAGAGGACAAAGUUGUUCCAUUCUGUGUAGGAACAAGAAAUGCAGACAUACUCGAGCUCCAAAUGAUUGCACAUAACCCUUCCUACGCUUUCUCUGUGCUUGGGUUUGAUGAUAUUGGGAGCAUCCAUCAACAACUUGUGUCAUUUGUGAAAAGGGUGCCUCGACAGCAGCCAAGACUAAAACCACAGAAUGUAUUAGAUUCUGCAGAUCAAACUGAAUCCAUUCAACGCGACAUUGUAUUUUUACUGGAUUCCUCGGAUGAAAUGCAAAAUGACUUUAAGGCAAUGCUUAGCUUUGUUGAGAGGAUGGUGAACAAAUUCAAUGUGGGCGAGAACAAAGAUCGUGUUUCAGUGGUGCAGUACAGCAGAGAACCCUCUGUGGAAUUUUUUCUGAACACAUACAAGACACAGCAGAAUGUUGCUGACAAUGUGCAAAUUCUGAGGCAUAAAGGAGGCAAACCUCUCAAUACUGGUGCAGCUCUUCAGUACGUCAAGGAUAAUGUUUUCACUGCCUCUUCUGGAAGUAGGCACCACCAGGGAUUCCCUCAGAUUUUGGUUCUCUUAACUGGUGGACGGUCCAGUGAUGAUGUCAGAAAUGCUGUAGAAAACUUGAGAGGAAUUGGUGUGAUGGUAUAUGCGGUGGGAACGAAGAAUGCAGAUACCUCUGAGAUUCAGUCUAUUUCACAGGAAGCCAGCCAUGCUUUCUUUGCAGCAGACUCCAGUGAUCUUUCAGGCAUUGAACAACAAAUAUUUUCUGUCAUCAAGAGGGGUGAAAUCCCUGCUAUCAAACCAGCCUUGUAUGAUCCUAACAGAAGAGACAUUGUCUUUUUGCUUGAUGGUUCUGAUGAUUCUCAGCAAAGAUUCACAGAUAUUAAAGAUUUCGUGCAGAGAAUAGUGGCGGACCUAAACAUUGAUGCAAACAAAGAUCACGUGGCUGUGGUCCAGUACAGCAACACGGCAGAGAUUAAUUUUAACUUGAGAAGUUACUCAACAGAGGAUGAUGUUCUUAAUGCAGUAAGAGGCCUUAAUCACAAAGGAGGUUAUCCUCACAACAUUGGAGCAGCUCUCCAGUAUAUGAGGGACCAUGUAUUUACUUCUGACUCAGGAAGUAGACUCCUUGAGGGAGUUCCACAGAUACUCAUACUACUCACUGGUGGAAGAUCUGGAGAUGACAUAAGAACCCCAGCCAGAAUGCUGAAAGAGACUGGUGUCAUUUCAAUUGUUGUUGGAACAACUGAUGCUGACACCCUAGAGCUGCAGACAAUCUCUCAUGAACCCAACUAUGCGGUCUCUGUUACUGAUUAUGAGGAGCUUCCUACUGCUAAGCAGGAUGUGUUGUCAUUGUUAAGAGAUGCUUCCCACCAUAUAGAGCCAACCGCUCCUACAAAGGGUUUUGGUAAGAUGUAA